AUGAGUGCCGAGGUUCGGGCGGACAAUCCAUACUCACGUCUUAUGGCUUUGCAACGGAUGGGCGUAGUGCGCGACUAUCAAAAAAUCACAGAAAAGGCUGUCCUGCUAGUGGGUGUAGGUGGAGUGGGCUCAGUGGCGGCCGAAAUGCUGGUUCGCUGCGGCAUUGGAAAACUCAUUCUUUUUGACUUUGACUCCGUCGAGCUGUCCAACAUGAAUCGCCUCUUCUUUACCCCAAACGACGUCGGCCUGACCAAAGUAGAGGCUGCCCGGCGGACCCUUUCGUUCGUUAAUCCCGACGUUGAACUGGAAGCGCACAAUGCAAACAUUUGUCAGGACUUUGAGCUCUUUUUGUCACGCAUUUUGAAUGGCAAGGAGUCAAUGCAGAAUCGACUGCAGCAACGGCAGCGGGAAGCAGAGCAGGGCACUGUCCAACGCCGCGGUCUCACCUGCCCCGGCAAAUGGCCUGUUGACCUGGUCUUGAGUUGCGUUGAUAACUAUGCUGCCCGCAUCACAAUUAGCCAAGCCUGCAACGAAGCAGGUGAGCUCUGA